CUCGGAGCACUGGGUCACAUUGAGUUCCAUUCUGAAGGCUCCGCGUUCCACGGCCGCUUCCAUUCCACGCGCCUCCCCCGCUUCCUCAAUGAAUGUGUCCCGGAGAGAGGGUCGGGGGAGCCGCGACCCCUGUAGCCCCGAGCAGGCGGCUCGAAUUAGGCUAAGGCUCCGUGUGAUUGGCUCUGUCCUGUCCCCGUUCCCGGUUCUCUUUUUUUCGACCCCCGCGGGAUGAGGGAGAUGGGCCCGCCCGCCUGGCUAUAAAAGGGCAGGCGCAGGAGUGUGCCCGCUUCAUUUGCGUUGCAGCUGGAGGAGGGGCGGGGGCGUGCUGUGGACGGCGGGUGCCCGCCUGAGCAGGGCGAGCUGGUCGGCACGCAGGGGGCUGGGGCGCGCUUGCCGACUGCCGAGCUGUUGUAACACACUAGCAGGCGGGGAGAGUGCUGGGGCUCGGUGCUGUGAGAAGGGGGACCAGGAGCCAGGGCUGCCCCCGGCUUUCACCAGUGGGGGCAGCAGCUGCAGCUGACCAGUCUCCGUGCCUGAAAAAUCACAGUGCCCAGCCUCAUCCCAUCGCCUUCACCUUCAAGCUGUAAAAGGCUGCUCCGAGAGCUCCUGCUGUCUGUUAAUUCGGGUUGAUAGCUGCCCCCCAAGUGUACACACCUCCCCCCCCCCACCCUGGGCCGGUCACCCUGACUCCCUUUCUCUCCCGAGGGAUGCUUUGUCCUGCUCAGUCUGCCCCAGCACCUGUGUCCUCCUCUUCCUGAGCAGCAGCAUGAGCAUGGCAAACGACACAUACCACUUUAUACAAGACAUAAAACCUGGACUGAAAAACUUAAAUGUCGUCUUUAUUGUGCUGGAAAUCGGACGAGUUACCAAAACCAAAGAUGGACAUGAGGUGAGAUCCUGUAAAGUAGCAGACAAAACUGGCAGCAUCACAAUUUCAGUGUGGGAUGAAAUCGGAAGUCUCAUACAGCCAGGGGACAUUAUUCGAUUGACCAAAGGGUAUGCGUCUCUGUGGAAAGGAUGUCUGACGCUUUACACAGGAAGAGGAGGCGAGCUACAGAAAAUUGGGGAGUUUUGUAUGGUAUACUCGGAAGUGCCAAACUUCAGUGAGCCCAGCUCAGACCAACAGCUUGGGCAGCACAACAAGCUGGCACAGGGUGAACAGAAUAAUAGUUCUUCAUCAAGUAAUUUGGGUACUUAUACUUUCGGGCCAGUGGGAAAUGGUUUGCAAACGGGACCUGAAUCCAGUGGAUUCCCAUUGGCCUACAAUCAUGCCCACUCCUAUGCAGGCACUGGGAGAGCCAAUGGACGAGGACCUGUAAAUCCACCAAUCCCAGCAUCUAAUAAUAUUCAGCCCCUUCUAACCGCAGUAAAUAAUGGGAGGGACCCACGCAGAGCCUUUAAAAGAUGACUGUGCCAAAUGUGGUUGUACAACUUGCUUAAACUAUACACCCGACUUGAACACUGAAUGCACUUUUAUUUAUGGUUAACUGUGAAGAAGUUUGUCCUUUGUUAGUGUUUUUUUCUUUAUGGUCUAUGGAGUGAAGUGACUUGCCUUCUUCAAGAAAACGUGGUGAAGCUGCUUACAUCUCAGAAAUUGGGGGGGAGGGGGGGGUAUUUGAGAGCCCGGGUAAAAGUGUGAAUUCAACUGGGGUGAAUUUUUAAAAAAUGGGAGCAAAUUUUAGUUGGAUAUUAAUUUUGGGGUUUUUUUUGGUUGCUCUGUUUCUUCUGAUAGCCAUAUAGCCUUAAGGGGUCUAUCAUGUCCAAUAGUUCAUAUAUGUGACUUCCGUGAGGGCUAAUGGGAAUUGUGUGAGUGUACUGAGGGGCUGAGAUGCCCUACGCAGUCAGGUCUCCUGUUUAAAACGGAAAUGACCUGCUAAAGCAAUAAGUGCCCCCAAAUUGGUCAAUGUCAGCAGCUAGUAGCGCUGCUUAAAUCAAAGGAUGGGUAACUCUAAGAGAUUUCAGUUGGCUACGGUAAAGAGACGUUGAGUGACUGAACAGUAAUCGCUUAGCUUUUGUUGCCAAAAAGUGUAAAUUAUUUUUCCUGCUAUAGUAUCUCUUUAAAGAAGAAAGUCAUCCCUAAUAUGCCAAACAGUCCUCAAGGAAAGCUGCAACCAUUUGGCACACAAGGUAAAUAAUAGGAGGGAAAGUUCUAAAUUACAAAGGCCAUUUCUUACUGUCCUUGUGGUGGCUUCAGUCUUGAUGAAAAGUAACUUUGUGCUUUUCCUGAAUUGUGGAAACUCCAAAGUCACCAGUAGAGAACAACGUGCCAAGGAUUCUGCUGUUCACAGGUUUAAGGCUAUACAUCUAACUCUUCAGGAAGAUGGCCACCACCUUUUGAAUGCCUACUUUUAACACUUGUUUAUGUUCAAACAAAAUACUUAUUAGAUUCAACGAUAUACUUACAGGUAUACAAAAGUACUAGCCUACCAUAAAGCAGCACUUCCAAUGCCAUAAGACGUUAAUUUAUUUUUCAAAACAAGUAUUUUUAUUCCCUUUUAUAUAACAUGAAUUAUCUCUGUAUGAACUUUUGACACAACCACCACCACCUCUCAACAAAACGGGUGCAGUUUUCAUCCCAACUAUAAGAUUCUUGGUACUAGAUCACAUAGCAACAAAUGAUCCACAGAGUAAACUGAUUCAAUUUCUGUGCUUUGGAUCAGGUUUGGAAACAAUUCAGAAGCUGUAAGAUGACUUACUGGAUUCUUUAUUUGUUAGACUCUUUUCUUGAAGCUGACUUCUUAAAUAAAAGUUGCACUAACCAUG